AUGGCGGAGGCUUUGAAUCAUUUUAAAAAAGAGUACAGAGCAAGAUUCUGCCAUGGAGGAGGAAAUAAGAUUGAUGUACAGCCAGGUCAAAACGUACUGACAGUCAUACAGGAUUGUUUCGAAAGUUGUAGCAGUGAUCUUGAAAUAAGCUCUCCAAGUGCAACCUGUUGCUCAACUCCUAUCGUCAAAAAUGAGAAGAGGACUUCAGUACAGAGCCAAAGGGCAAGGUUAACUAACUCUGUGAAAAGAGCCUGUAAUUCUGCAGAGUCCUUACCUGCAUCACCACUGAAACCAGUGAGCAGCAAAGGAUGGUCACCUCUGAAGCCUGCAAUACAUGAUCACGUAGCUGAUUCUGAAAAACCAAAGACUCCUGUGUCUGAAAGAGAAACAAAUAAUAUGUUAAAAGAUGUUGAAGCACUGUGCAAAAGUCCUGCCGCAUCUUUGGAUUCUGAGGAUGAUUAUGGGGCUAUUGGAUCACCUCUUCUUCUGGAGGAAGCAAAAAGGUCUGUGCAUAUAUUACAUUUUGAUGACCAAAAUAAUCCUGCUGCAGUGAAGAGCCACGUGGAAGUUGAAAAUUUGGAAGGACCUCAGACUGGGAGAGAUGAGCAGAUUGUUCCUAUACAAGGAAGAGUACAUAUCGCUACGUCUUCUGUACGGAAGGAGAAGUCUCUCUCUUCGGUCGUCUUAGCUGUAGCAACAGGAAUGCUUGGAAAAAGGUGUUCAGCCUCAAUGUCACCGCCGUUACCUCUUCCUGUGAAAGAUCAAGAUAUAGAAAUAGAAAAUGAAUGUGAAUUUUUAAUUGAUGAAUCAGAUGGUGUACCUUUUAAUUCUUUUUCAAUACCCCAUAAGAACAAACAAUCAAAAAAAGAUAGCUUUGCAAUUCCUGUUUCUAAAUCUCAGUCAUCUGAAAAGGAGAAGACAGAGAGUAAGAAAGGCAAGAACAGAAAAAUACAGCUUGAAGCACUUACUACACAGAAAAUGGAUGAUUUGGAUGUCAGAGUACAUGACUUCAAAGGAACAUCAGGAACAGAUCCAGUCUCUAACAGUGAAGGAAAGGUCCUUAAGUCUCAAAGGCAAAAGAGUACUCAUAUGGGAAAGACUAAAAAGCAUGCACUUAGGCAAGGCUCUUCAAACCAGAAAAAGGACACGUCCGGGAAACCAGAAGGCAAAGAAAUGGUGUUGUCAUGGUCUAGAUUGGAAACAGAAGCAUCUGAUGCAGAACAACAUAAAACAAGGGUGAUGCCAAGUGAUGAUUUGCCUAUGCCUUCAGCUGGGCAUCAGCAAGAGCAGACUCUGUCUCCAAAAAAGAAUCUCAAGUCUUCCAAGUAUGUACAGUCGGCUUCAAAAGCUUCUCAGCGAUUAGUUCACAAGAAACAAACUGCUAAGCAGAAGCUUCCAGAAGUGUCUAAGAGACUGGCAGAAAGUCCGAGGAAGAAGCUUAAAAAAUCUGGCAAGAAAAGUAGUAAUAAAAAGCCUCAGUUACAAAGAGAAGGGAGUUCUGACAGUGAACCUGAUGAAGAAGAGCUUGAACGAGAGCCCGUAAAAUUGAAUGAAGUGUUUACCUCGCCCCUGCAUCAGAAAUUACAGACUUCUGUGAUUCACGAGUUGGCUAAGUUUGAAACGCCUGAAAAAGGAUUGCACACAUUGGAGUCACUUUAUGAUGCAAAUAACAAAACUCCUGUAAAAGCACUACAGCAUCUCAUAGACAGUGUGAAGAAUGCUGAAAAGAAACAAUUGUCAGCUAAGUCUUCAGGGAAGAUGCCCGAAAAGAUGCAUUACAGAGCCGGUAAAGGUGUUUGCUCAAACCCUGAGGACACUGAGUCUCAAAUGGAUUCUGACAGCUUUUCUGUACAGGACACAGCAAGAAAAAAACAGAAGUUAUCAGAUGUGAAAAUAAAGAGUAACAAAAGAAAACGUAACAUGCAACAUGGACUACGAGAAUACGUUGCAGCUGAGAAGGCUACAAGUUGUGAAAGUGGGCCUGCUCUAGAACAUGGUGAUAAAUCUGCUUCCAGAAUUAAGUCUUGGGAACAGGAUACUACAUCUUCAGGUAAUUCUGAAGACUUGAAUUACCAAGUAAAAAAUCUGUUGUCAGACAGCAUAGCAAGGCAUAAAAUAGUAAUGCCUUCCAACACACCUAAUGUUCGUCGGACAAAAAGGAUACGUCUAAGACCUCUGGAAUAUUGGCGAGGCGAGCGUGUAAACUAUACGAUGAGGCCUUCAGGAACACUUGUGAUUAGUGGAAUAGUGUGUCCAGAAGCAGAACCUUACAGGAAGGUUGAACGGAGGAAGGGUGAUCACAAAAAGAGAAGGGAUGAAACAAGAACUGAGAUACCUGCAAAUUUGGUUGACACCCUAGCUGAUACUUCUAAGCCAACCAUUGUAGUGGACCCGGUAACAAAUGGGGAAGUACUUCUAGAAUGUGUUAACACUGAAAGCAGUAACUCAUGCUUCUUCAAAGAUGAAUCAAUAGAAAUAUAUAAAAAUUUGAAUACAUCUUAUUUUGCCACUGGUAGAUUGAUUUUGAAACCAUUUAAAGAAAAGGGACACCAGUUUGUCUACAUGGAUACAAUAGCUUUCCAUGUUAUCCGUGGCAAAAUUAUUGUUACCUUACAUAAGACGUCAUAUUAUCUGACUACAGGAGACUUCUUCUAUGUACCAGCAGGAAAUGGAUAUAACAUACGUAACCUUCUGAACGAAGAAAGUGUUCUUGUCUUCACACAACUCAAAAAAGAUAGACCAAAAGCAAGAAGCACGUUGUUGGAGACGAUAACUUUGGCCAUAACUUUGCCUGCAAAUUGA